AGAUGUCUAUGUGUGUGUUUUCUAUUACCAGUUUCAUAUUCUCUUGAAACAACAUAAGAAAAACAACAAAAGCAAAUACAACAUGACUCGCUCCUCUAGAUUCCUUGGAACCGCGGCGGCGACGCCACCACCGCCAGAAGAAAUCCUCGCCGCGGAAACGGACUUGGUUGUGAUCCUCUCAGCUCUUCUCUGCGCUCUUAUAUGCGUAGCCGGCUUAGCCGCCGUAGCUCGCUGCGCCUGUCUCCGCCGCCUCGCCGGCGUUAAUUCCUCCGCCGUAGGAGUGUCUCCACCGCCGAACAAAGGCCUCAAGAAAAAAGCGCUACAGUCCCUCCCUAAAUCCACCUUCGCCGCUGCAGACACUCCGAGCUCCUCCGCCGGAGAUGGAGACUCGCCCGCCGAGUGCGCCAUAUGCUUGACGGAGUUUACCGACGGAGAAGAGAUCAGGAUUCUACCGCUUUGCAACCACGCCUUCCACUUGGCGUGCAUAGAUAAAUGGCUGACUUCUCGGUCGUCGUGUCCUUCUUGCCGUCGGAUCUUGGUACCGAUGAAGUGUGAUCGGUGUGGUCACCAUGCUUCCACGGCGGAGAGUCAGAUUAAAGAUCAGCCUCCUCCUCAUCAGCAUCCUUCACAGUUCACUUCCGCCGUUGUUCCCGCUUUUCUUCCUUAAAACAACUUUUUCCUUUCUUUAUUUUAUAAUUUGGCAAAAAAUUAUCGGCAUGAUUAAGGGAAAGUAAGAUAUUAAUUAACUAGGAAUUAGUGAUAUUUUUAGCUAUUUCUGUUUUUAUCAUCUCUGUAAGACUGGUUACCGUAACACUGUCCUGAAUCUGAAUCAGUCAGAUGGAGUUUCUAAGUUCGAGAUGUUAAUUUUUUUUCACAGAAAUUCACAAUUCGAAUAAAACGUACUAACAUUUAAAAAUAA